AUGGUUCAGCUACUGUCUAAGAUUUUCCGCCUUUCCGGAAGAAACUUUGGAGUUUGGAGGAUCAGCGUAUCGUUUAAGAAGUCGGGGAAAAAACACAAUGAUAAUAGAAGGACUACCAAUACAAUUCACCGGAGAAAGGGAGAGAGAUCGAGUGAUCGGAUGUUCAAAUAUUUAGAUAACUUAUUUUGGAGUGAAAGCAAAACUGAAAUGGAGGUGGAAGAG